AUGAGUCUGGAUCGGUAUCGAGCUGUGGCUGAUCCAUUGGCAGCCUCGUCCACACCUUCCUCUGGACUCCUGAGAGUCGCUUUGGCCUGGGGUUUUGCCGUGGCUCUCAGUUUGCCCAUGAUGAUCUCUUUGCACCUAGAAGAUGGAGAGAACCAGGAAGGCAAGUUGUGCGUUCCCGCCUGGGAUGAACAGAGUUCAAAAGCUUACCUCAGUGUGCUCUUCUGCACCAGCAUCCUAGGCCCAGGACUGGCCAUCGGAGCUUUGUAUGCAGCUUUAGGGAGACUCUACUGGGUAUCUCAGACGCAACCUGCUUGGGCCGGAGGGGGCAACACCUAUCCACCCCGUGCACCUCGCCCCAAAGUCCUGCUCCUCAUCCUGGGGAUUGUGCUAACAUUCUGGGCUUGUUUCCUUCCAUUCUGGAUCUGGCAGCUUCUACCACUUUACCGACCUGAGGGUCUGCGCGUGGUGCCGGUACGCACGCAGGUGACCAUUAAUCGCAUCCUCACAGGGUUGACUUAUGGAAACUCAUGUGUGAAUCCGUUCUUCUACACACUGCUGACAGGAAGACGCAGGCGGACCAGCAGGAAGACGAUAAGUGCAGCUGCACCGCUUUGCCACAAGGGCAGCUCUGAACAACAAUAACAGCUGCCCACCAGUUAGUACAGCCCAUGACCUAUAAGACUGUGCAUAGUUAUCUUUAUUAAACAGAUUACUAAUUUGGUGCUAAAGGGCUUAAUUAUAGAUUUAUACAUGUGCUGUGCAAAUAGUAAUACUCUGUAAUCCAAGGCAAUGAUGGUGUGUGUUCUCUGCUCCAUGGACUACAUAUAUAAUUAUAGAUUAUCUGAGCAGCAUUGUGUAUUAAGGUCCCUGCAAUCCAAAAUGAAAUACUAAGUGAUGAAUACUUAUGAAAGUGCUUCUGUAAUAUUUAGGGUUCAUCACCUUUGAAAUGGAAACCAAAAAAAUGUUGGUCAAACUGCUGCUGAAUAUUAGUAGACUAAAAUGUGUGAAACAUCUGUUUUAUGGGGCAACUUGAAAUGGACAAACAAGCUUUGUCAAGAUGAAUCACCCCAGGAUAGUCUAACAACAGGUGUGAAGCAUUUAACUACCAAAUUGGUUUAUUAGUCUAAGUGCAAAGGAGAAAUUACAUAGUAUAGAUUUGGCUCAAAGCUAAAGGACGUAUCAGAGUUUGCUCUUUUGAGGAGGAUACAUCACUUCUGUCAUGAAGCCAAGACACACAAUUUCUCAUUCUCCAAUAGGACAUUAUGUUCUCCAUGACCAUGAGGUACUUCAUUAUACUCAACUAAAACAUUUUUUAGCCAACAGGUCUGUUAAUGUCCUGACUUUGUGCAUUU